GAUAGAUAGAAAGGCAGGCAGGCAGGCAGGCAGAAGGUGCGUGGAGGCGGUCCGUUAACGAACGAGCUGCCCUGCGGUCGUUGGCGUUAGGGAGCGCGGUGGCGGUUAGCGGCGGGAAUCGCCGGUGCCUCUCCGGAGGGAGCGGAGCCGCGGGCGCAGCCUGCCAUGGCGGGCUGGGAGCCGCGGAAACGGCCUGCGGCCGCUCUCGCCUUCCAUCGGCUCUUCUUUGCUGGUGGGCUGCCCUGGCCGUGUCCGUGAAGACGCGGUCCCGAAACCGCCGGGCCCCGGUCCUUCGGGAUCCGGUAGGUGCUGGGAACAAACCCCCGCCCUGUCCUGCGCUCCCUCCUCGGCCGUGGCGGGGAGGCGAGGGGGAGGGAGGCACCGAGGAAAUAGGACGGGAUCAGGUGUAAAUAGAUACAGAUAGGAAUAUAAGUACACGAAUAGCGCUGCAACAAAACUAACGGUGGGUAAGGAGAGGUAUUUUGGUGCUGGGCAUCUGUCACCUUUUGCAAAUCGUAUCUCUGCACCCCUGGUAGGGGGAUGCGGUUUCUGGAAAGUAAAAGAACAGUACGAAUUCUGCUCUUUGAGUAUUUUUAGUAGGAGCUUAUGAGUGCUGAGAGAUUUGUUGUGGAAAAAAGAAAAAAUUUAAGUAUUUGAUACAAAAUUUGCAUAUAUGAAUACAGGAAGAGCGCAUUUUCUGACACAAAAAGGACAACUCAACGCGCACGGAACGCAGGUGGUUGAUCAUCUGUUCUUGUUAAAUUAAGAGCAGAAACACCCACCACCAUUUGACUGUGAUACUUGGCUCCAGUCAAUACAUGUAAUGCUGCGCAGGAGGAACAAAAUGAUGAUGAGCACGUUACACAAUGAAAAGACGUGGUGAUGAUGUUUGCAUUUGAUACGCUGUGUCUUGCAAACCCAAAAGACUGGAGUCGUUUGAAGAUUAUGUAAAAAUAAAGGUGCAGAUACCCUUUAAAAAGAAUAAUAAUGGGACCAGGCAUUCAAGAAUAUCCCUUAUUACUGCACAGAGAGACACAGAAAAAGGAAAGCCAAAUCAAUGAAAACCACAAAGGAACGGUAAAUUACAGUAAUGGAAAAAGCCAUCCGAGCACCAAAGGAUUAAAUAAACCAGUUUCCCAUGUGAAAUCUUCUCCUGGAAGAUUAGGCAAAAAUGUAUCAAGUGCCACUGAAAAGAUUUCCCAUGACACUCAACAUGGUAACCAACCAAGUAUUUUUAAGAAGGGAAGAAACCAGCUGGAUGACAAUUCUCAGUCAAAAAGGAUCACGAGUGUUUGCACAUCACUGCACAGAGUACAAGGACCAAAGAAGAGUCUCCCAGAAAGAAGGCAAAAUGAAUCUUUUCUGCACAGGAUCCCUCCUAGCAUAAAGGGCAGCACACAAGGUAGCUUCUGUAGGGUUAAAGAUGUCCCAGUGCAACAUUUUUAUUGCAGUAAAAAAGAACAGUUGGCAAAGAAUCACGAAGAACAUGUUGCUCAAGCUGGUCCAUGCUCUUCUAAAUGGCAAGAAGCAUCUGUAGAUGAAAUGUUUCUUGAUUUUGAAUCAGUACAAAUUAUUAAAGAAGAUGCUGAAGAUGAUAGUGCCAGUGAUCUGUCUGAUUCAGAAAGGAUUCCCAUUCCCCCGUCCCCCUGCACACCACCAGAACUCAUUCUCAGAGCUGAAGAAAUUGAUCCAGUUUGUUUGGAACAUGUCUCUGAUAUGGGUUUUAAAGAAUCAGAAUAUUACUACCCAGACUUCCUCCCACCCCCUUUCAACUCAUGGAACUUGAAGCAAUUAGCCAUCUUUGUUAAUGUAGAGGGUAAAACUGAAUUUCGACCAAAGCCAACAGGAUUUCUUGAGAAAUACAUUGAUCGCCUUUUGCAGCUGGAAUGGCUGCAAAUGCAGACUGUACAGAACGAGAAAGGAAAGGCAGCCAAAGCCAGGCCACAGACUGCUCCCGGCUCCAUCCGUACCCUAAAAAGUCCUGGCAAAGGCAAAGCAUUGCUCAGCCCUUUGCCUAACAAGCAAGUGGUUCCCCAAGAAAGUGUUACAAAGCUGCCCAGAAGCUAUGCAGGUCACAGGGGAGAUUCAUACUGUGAAGAAAGUCGCCAGUUAUAUUCUCAUCCAGGUCACCUGAAACUUUCUGAGAGAGUGGGAUGUGCAGUGUCUUCUCAGAGACAAUCUGGUGAAGUAAGGAGUGAACUGAUAAAAAAACCAACUGCAAAGCAACAGCUUGUCAAUAUGCAGCCCCCUGAGAACAGUACUAAAAUUCAAAGUGUUGGUAAUAUCAGACCCCCUAAGCAAACCCCAGUAUUUCAUGGUUCAGCUGCUCCCAUCAAAGGCUUAAAAACAUACGCAUGUACAAAUCCAAAGAAAAAUGGCAAUGCCAACAAUUAUGUUCCUUCUAAAAAACCAACAGGGGACAGGAAAAUAAAAACAAAUGGCACAAAACAAACAUCAUGCAAAUUUAAAUGAAGAAAAAUUCAUUAGUAAAUUUUGAUGGUUCUUGACUGCUAGAAAGCAUUUGGCUAAUGCAGAAGGGUCAUGUUUUCUUCAUAGGAAGAUCCUGAGAAAAUAUGUUCUUGAUGCAUGGUUCUAAGUCAGCACUGUUCAUUUCAAUACAUUUGAUCUUAAGCCAGCAAGGCCAGCAGGAAAUCUUUUCCCUGAAGGCAAGUGUCUUCCAUUGGUCUUUUCCUCAAAAAUAUUUACAAUUACUCAAUGAAGAUAACAAUAGCAGAGUAUGAAAGUUGAGAGAAAUGUAGAAUUAUAACGUGUCCUCCUAUUUGCACCAGUUGAAGUCCAUUGAAGUCUGUGGUGUUUCUUACGCUUACCUUGGUGUAUUUGAGAGAAAAGGAUCCAUGCUCUUUUUCUUGAAGAGAUGUGCUAUUUUGUGAGAUAGGUUUGAUGGUGGUGUUUUCUGAUGGAAAAGGGCUCAAGUGUUUUUGUAAAAUAAUGGAGUGUGCUUAUCUAUGCAAAGUCAAACUAAUUCUUCACAGAAGAUGAUGAAAUUUUUUGAUGAAUUAGAUUUUUUUUUUUUAUAAGAAGAAGAAUGCAGAUAAUGUUUUGAAAUAUUUUAAUGCAGAAAGGAUUCUUUUUAAGACAAAAAAUUAUUAGGGAGCAGACAGCUUCCAUAGAGACAGAUUAGGAAAAUGGAAUGCAUAUUUUUAUACCCAGAAAUCUUCACUGUGUUUACAGACAACUUCCCUUGAAGUUAAUUUUGUAAGCCUUGAUGCUUUUUGUCAUUUAGAGGAAAUGACCAAAUUUCAAAUUGCACAUGGAUAUAUAUGACUAAUGCAAAAUGAAGGUAUUACUAGAGACUCUUGGGCCUAAUUUGCAGAAGUGGUAGCUUCUCAAAACCUAAAAAAUAGAGUCUUGGGGAAUGAAUUUAAAGGCUAUUGUAAGUUCAAGUAAAGAUAUAUUUUGAUACAAAAGAUACUUGUUUUCAGUCACCCGAGAUGACUAUUAUUUAUCCCAUGGUCCAGUUUACUUCAGUUAGCUUGGGUUCUUGUUUCAAGGUUUAGUGAAGUGACAUGGGAAAAUACCCUACAGAAAGAAAUUGUACAACCGGGAUCGGGUCCUGUCCUCGGACUCUCUGUUUUCUCUUGUGUCUGUGAGAUACAAGAGAAUAUGAAGGAUAGUUCAGUGAGUAUUCAAAUGUCAGUUCAUCUGUUACAAUUUCAAAUCAAUCACAGCAGCUGAGGACAUGAUCUUGUUAAAGAUGAAAUUCUAGAGGAUGUUUUGUACCUUCAUUUUAAAAUUAAAUACUGAGCAGCAUUAACUUCAUCCUUGGCCACCAGUCACAGUGGACUGUUUAUGAGAAGUGAGCUGAGGUCUGAUGGACCAGAUUUUACAAGUAGAUCCUUUGCAUUGUGAUAGAAAAUGAAAAAGUAGCAAAUACUAAAAAGUACAUUAUGUAUAUAGUUAAAUUGCACUUCUCUUGUUGAUCUCAUCUUGGUUUUAAGAUGCUUAGCUGUUUCUAUUCUUUCAUUGUGCCUACCAGAUCUUCAGCUUUGUAAAAUUUCAAAGCAUGGAUUUAUAUGUAGUUUAAAAUGUGAGAAUAUUAAUAAAUGUAGUAAUAAACUAGAGUAUUUUACAGUACAUAAAAACGUUGCUCAGGAAUAGUCUUAAGAAAUAUUUUUAGUGGUUUUUUCCUAGUCUACUGGAGACCAAAUGUGAAAUUUUAAAUUGAUAAAGGAAGCGAAUGUAAUAUACAGUAUUAUAUUUCCAAAUUCAGUAUUCGUGAAGUUACAGUUAAAAUGAAUUGUAGUUGCAUGUACAUUCAGCUCUAUGCAAUUAAAGUGAAACAAUCUGACAUGCUCAAAGAUCAAAUAAAUUGGCUGUGUCAGAGGUGUGGUGAAACUUAGAGGAUGGCAUUCAACACCAGCAACUGCAGAGGACCAGCACAUUCUAUUGUUGCUAUUUCAUCCUUUUGUUUUGUUCCAGACUCAUGUAUUUCAGCUUUUUUUUUAGACGAAAGGUUCUUGCAUCCAGUGUUAGAAUUUCAAGCUCUGGCUGAAUUCUGCAAGCCUUCAUUAGUCAAGUUUUCCUGACUCACAUUAACAGUAGUGAAAGUCAGUAGGACUGCUCUUGCCAAUAAGCACUACUAUAGUGCACAAUUUUAGUACACUGUUUUAGCGCAGUAUUACAAGCACCAGAAGCAAGGUGAGCAGGAUCAAGUCAAUAGUCAGAAUAGCAGGUUUUUUAAACAAAUUCUGUUAGAUGCAGUAAUUAAUUUAGCAUGUUAUUGUAGCACUGAAUGUUAGUGUCUGCUAAAUUUUCCUCUGAAAUGUUACUCUAUAUCGAUGCUUUCCUAGGUUAUAAGGAGGGCACGUGCAUACAGGCACAUUUUGCAUGAUCACUUCUUAAAGAAUAAAUAAAUAGUGUUUCAGUUAGCUUUGACCAGAGCAAAGGUGAUUGGCACUGAGAAGUUUUUUUCUCACAGACCUAGGAAAGUUUUGUUUUAAUGUAGUCCUUGUGAUCUGAUGGACAUCAAUCUGUUGUUGGAGACUAAACAGUUAAGCAGGUGGAGAUGGUGAUGCCACUUAAAAUAAGUCUGAGUACUUGUUCAUCAUUAAGCUCUGGCUGCAAUCUGGCCAAGUAAGUUUGUUUCACAUGAUAAUCACACAAGUCUAAUUUUUGUUCAUUGAUUUCAUACUUCUUACACAGUCGUCUUUGUUCAUAUACAGAAAUAGAAAUUCUGUGUUUGCCUCAACAAACAGCUCUUAGGGUGGCAGACCUCCAAGGGGUUGGGUUUUAUCCUGCAGCACUUUUGCUUCCAUUUUAACUUGACUGUGUUCUGGGCUGAUAGAUAAAAAGAGCUCCUUUUAUGAAGAGGACUAUGGUUUCUGUUUCCUUUAUUUUGUGUUGAUGGAUAAUGUCUUUAGAAGCACUUCUGAAUACAGCAGAAAAGUUUAUUCCAUCAAAUACAUUCAAUUUGGAAUUAAAGUACUUCCACAGCACAGUGUUUGUGUAGCUAUUUAUAUUUUUUCACUAUGUUUAGCAAUAUGGUCAUAUGCCUGUCUAAGCCUAGCAUUGAUGACGGUUCUUGAAGAACAAGUUUACUGUGAUGUGAGAUAUUUAAACAGUGAUUUAUUUUUUUUUUCUAAAUAAUUUAAAGGUUUAAUGUUCUGCAGUACUACCUGCAGAACAAAUACGCUCAGGUUGCAUUUUUAAUAAAUAGCCAGAUUCUACUUCAGUUAUGCUAGUAUAAAGUUUGAACUCUGUUGUUUUCAAUGAAAUUACCCUGUUACAAAGAUGUGAAGAAACAGAAUUUUACUCUAGUAUGUAUAAGCUGUUUUCCUCAGUGAUGCUAAACUGUAUUUUUAAUGCAUAACAUGAAGAAUUUUAAAACAAUAUUGUUUUUCUCUUGAUGUGUUUCUUUUUUUCUCCAUUACUUGCACCUCUGCAGUGAAAUACUGUGGCCAGUUAAAGUUUUACCUCCCCCACACCCCCUCACACCUUGCGGUAGCUUUCAGUUAUAUACAGCAGUUCUGAAGUUUCUGCACGAUGCCUCCAGAUCCUUAUUCUGUUAGCAGCACAGCUUCUGCAUUUACUCAGAAUUUAUGCUCCAAAGAGGGGUUAUCAUUGUGUGAGCAAUGCAUACCAUUCUGGGAAGAGGGGCUUCGCAUCUUCCUCAAGUGGAAGAGCCUUGCAAGGAAGACUCAAUCCCUACUGCUGGUUCAGUAUCCGAAAUCAUGGGGUGUCUCCUUGUUAAGGCUGAUAAGAUGGACUGUAAUUUUCUUUCCAAAUGAGAGAUUACGUUUGCUGGUACAAAUUCAGGGUAGUGGGGUGACAGUGCUUCUCACAGAGGCAAAAAGGCUCAGCAGUAUUCGUUCUGAGAAAGUUGAGUUUAGAGCAAACGGGUUGCCAGAAGUAGGGAGCUCUCGCCUCCCACCGAUGCCCCUCUCCCAGGAUGCUGUGCCCGUAGCUCCCAGCUCUGCCGCCUGCGUGCUGCCGGUGCCCCUCUGCUUUUUGCUGCUGCCUUGUGCCCAAGGUGAUGGCAGAGGGGUAUAAUGCUGCACGGGAUGGUUAUGCUUAUUUCAUGGGACUAAACUGUGGUGUUUGACUCCAGACUGCUUAAUUAUGCUGUAAACCCAUUAUUGCUUGUGUCUUUUCUGUGUUUCAUUUAUUGUUGUUUGAGGUAAUUUUUAUCUUGUAUAUGUUAUUUAAAGGAUCUUGUUAGAAGUUUGAGAGAAUUUUGCCAGAGUUUUUUCAGUCAGUAUGUGAUAUUUUUUUUGGAGCUGAUAUUAUUGUUGAAAUUUCUACAGUAUGAAAUUGCCUAUAAAGGACUAUGGUUUUGCCUUGUUUUAAAGGUAUUGAGCCUUUGUUGCUCCCAUUGGCAUUAGUGGGUUUUCUUCUGAGAAAUAAUUAAACAGACCACUCUAUCUGGAAAGACUGGAACUCUAUUAACUGAGAAUUUGCAGCCCAGCUUUUGAUGUUGGUCAUCAUGUGUUCUUAUUUAUUUGAACUUUUGUGGAUAUUUUUGCUAGUAAUUUCAUUGGAAAGUGAUCUUGUAAUUCAAAGCUACUGUAUAUUUACUAUAUUAAAAGUGAGAUACUGCCUA